AUGGCGGAUCAUAUGAUUCUCAGCAGCAGAGAGUUCCAGAUCUUCUACAUCUUCAUCAGCACUUGGUAUGGUAAAGGGAAACAAGGAAAAAGCCGAGGCAAGUCUGGCGGGAAGAAGCAGAAGAAGCCGGAGGUGGACAUCCUCAGCCCCGCGGCCAUGCUGAACCUCUACUACAUUGCCCACAACGUUGCCGACUGCCUGCACCUGCGAGGCUUCCGCUGGCCAGGUGCCCCCAAAUCAAAAAAAGGGAAAAACAAGACUUAAUAGCGUUCCCCAGAGAGCGAGCAGAACUUGGGGAAGAGAAAUCAGGAUAACCCAACUACUGCAAGCAAAAUAGACUUUACUGGAGACCAUUUGAGAUGCAAGCUAAGUGUGCUUUUCUAUGGUAGUUAAUGAUAAAGAAAUGCUUGUUACUUCCCAGCUAAAUUCAGCUAUAGCUAGCCAAUUUGGUUUUUCAGAAGAAGUCGAGGAGGGAAAAAGUCUGAGUAAUUCCUACCCUGCGUGGUGUAAUUGAUAGGACUUUAAAAAUUAGAAUUCCGGGUCAGAAUAAACUUUGUUCUCAAAAGGUAGUUCUAGCCUGCAUGGAUGAUUUUCUUUUGCAAAAAGGGGUUACAUAGAAAAGGCAUGGCUGGGGCACCUGGGUGGCUCAGUCGGCUAAGCACCUGACUCUGCAUUUCGGCUCAGGUCUUGAUCUCAGGGUCGUGAGUUCAAGCCUGUGUUGGGCUCCACGCAGAACAUGUAGCCUAAUUAAAAAAAAAAAAAAAGCAAAAAGCACUGGAUUUGCUUAUGAACAUCUUUCUCUUGGGCCCUGUUUCCUUUUCCCAUCUUUUUUUCAGGAAAAAUAAUGAAAACUUUGUUGCUAUAAUUUUCCUCUCAGCAGUCUGACUCUUGGUUGAUUUUAAUUAGCCAGGACGCCAGAGGAGGCUAAGAUCGUCAUUCCUGCUCUGACCUUGCUAGGGCAUAUAAACACAUGACUCGGGAGUGACAGCGGACAGUGUCCCUGUGCGGGGGAAGGGAGCAGAUCAGCACACUUGUCUCCCUUCUUUCCACCUCACUGGACUCUUCUCCACACUCUUCCUCCACAUUCCCAUCUUCCUUCCACCUUCUGCAGGCUUCCUGUUAAACUGGGCUGACCCUGAGUUAUGGAACCGGUGCUAGAAAGUUGCCAUGGGCAUUUUGCUGCUAUUCCCAUCUCCCCAGUCUGUGCGGAACACUUAAGAGAAAACUGCAGUUCUUUCUCUUCAGUCCAAGAGGCCUAGAAGCCCCAAAUGUGAAACUUGGAAGGAAAGGCAUUUUGAAGUAUAAACACCAUCUCUGAAUCACUUAGCUUCUGCUCUGUCUUCCUGGCAUGUCGCACCACUUUCCUUCCCAACACUGACACCUGCACUGUGGUCCCCAGGCGCAGCUGAGCCAGAAGCUGAUUCCUCUAAGGCAGCACCUGUCCAGGGAUGAUAUCUUCUGUCUGAACUACUUAUGAUGAUGCCAUCGGUUACCUUGUGAGGAUCUCAAAGACUCAUGAAGUCUGCUAAGGAAGGCUGCCACCUAGGACUCGGGAUUUCGUAAAUCUCACAGAGAAAAGGAAAUCACAUGAAUCCUUGUGCUAGAGAAGUGGGGUGCUCACACUCACGUGGGUUUGCUGGGAAUGACAUUCCUCUAGCUGUCCCAUCUGUGCAGACUCCAUGUGAGACCUUGACUAGUUGCCAGAGGAGCCCUCACUCGCUCAGGAGAAGGUUGGUGCUGCUCUUAACCUGAAGGGGGGGCCCUCUCUGUCAUCUGUUGACAGGCUUUGGAAGGGAAACCCCUUCCCACUCUGCUAGAUGCUGCUGGGAUGGAUGCAGAUGGCUUCUGUUUGUGAACACACUAACUCCAGGUCAGUCCUUCUCAAACUUGAGCGUGCAGCAUGGCCACCUGGAGGAUGUGUCACAGCACAUAAGGGUGGGGUUCAGGAGUUUGCAUUCCAGCUAACCGCCCAGAUGGUGCAGCUGUGGGACCACACCCAUGGAGAAGUGCUGCUCCAGCUAAUGCUGCCUCACCAGGUGCUACAGGCUUGUUGAGUCCUUCAACUCGUAGGAUGUCUAAUGCCCUUCUCUGCCUCACUUGGUUCAGGAGCUUGAAUCCGAGCAGUAAGGUUUAUUGGAAUGUUGGGGAGGUGGCAUUUGCAGAGCUUCUUCCUGAUGUUGUUCUCAGCACAGAUGACAUCAGUUAGGGGAUAUAGACACAUGCCAGGCCUGCAGACCUUUAAAGGCUAAGGAGAUUAUCUGGAAGUGGACAUGCUUUCUCCUCUUGAGAUGGUUAAAUGAUGAGCAGAAAGGCUAGUAAGCACUGGAAUAGAGGAAGUACUAACCCGGGCACGGUUCACACCAAGCGAAGGAGGCUGAUGCGCAGGCCCCAUCACGACAGCAGUUAAUUUUUGUUUCACCUUCAAUGGUGUGUCUGCUGUGUUAUCAUGACACAGUUAUGACAGGGACUUGGUGAGCCAAAAUCCACAAAGAACAUAAUUGAGAAAGUGAAGAGAAAAUGUAUAUAGCCUUCAAAACAAUAUUGUAUUGACGUAAAUUUCUUGACCAUGGUAAUUUUUGUUGUGGUUAUAUGCCAGAACAUUCUUGUCCUCAGGAGCUAACAUAUUUAGAGAGAAGGGAAUGAUGUAUGCAACUUACUUUGAAAUGUUUCAGGAAAAAAGUGUGUGUGUGUAUAAAUAAAAUAUAUUUUUUAACAUGUUGCCACAUUUGCACUCUA